AUCAUAGCUAACCAGCUGCUGCAUCACCUGAUAGACUCGACAUGAAGUUCACCGAUAUCUUCGCUGUCUUCUUCGCCGUCUUCUGCAUGGCUUCAGCCUCCUACGUAGGCGUAGGCGCUCCCUACGCCGGCUACGGAGUCGGAUACGCCGCCUACGGUGUGCCAGUAGCUGCUGGCUACGGAGUGUACGGAGCUUACCCUGCCGCGUAUGGCCUUGGCUACGGCGGAUACGGCUACGGCUUAGGAUACGGCGCCGCCUACCCGGCUGCCUACGGCUACUACGGACUCUUGAAGAAGAAGUGAGGAGUGGACUUGGCCGAAAAAAUUGUUUCAUUCUCGAGGCGAGCACAAAAUAAAGCCAUGAACUCAUUUUGCGAUGUUUCUCAAUUCUCGCAAAGUAGAUCGAGUUCUCUGUCA